GACGCAUUAAUCGAUGCACUUCAUUUUUGGAAGCUUGAGUUUGGGUUCAUUAACCUUGGAUUCUUCAUUCUCCCAUUUCUUUUCAAUAACUGACUUGGAAGGGAACACCAGUGUAACCUUUGACUUCAUCCUUACUCUACCCUCUUUUUUCCCCGCCUCGAUCUUGCAUUUGCCGGAAGUGGUAAUCAAGCACCGGAGACUCCCAAUAUGCCAGAAAUUGCCGAAGGUGAAUUAUACACCUCGUCCUCUUACUCACAAAAUACGAUAUCACACUAACGCAAAUUCGCAGUUGCGCGAGCCGUGCACCACAUACGAAGAAACCUCGUUGGUAAAACGUUGGCCAUCGUGAAAGCUCAAGAUGAUGCCAAUGUCUUUGGCAAGGCCGGGACAAGUGCUGACGAGUUCCAAAAAGCAUUGACUGGGAAGAGAGUAGUAGGCGCUGGACAGCAAGGCAAAUAUUUCUGGUUGGGCCCAUUCUAGAUCCCGCAAAAAUGCGGCGCUAAGCUGUUCUGACAGGAUGAUUAUGUCCUCGCCGCCACAUCCAGUAUUUCACUUUGGCAUGACGGGUAUGAAUAUAACCAAAUUUAUAAUUUGACCGAGUGCUGAAAGAUAUAGGAUGGUUUCACAUUCGAGGACAGGAAACUUAUUACUACAGAUCGAAAGAUGAGGGUGAAAAGGAGGUCUGGCCACCAAAGUUCUCAAAGUUUUCACUACAGACUGCAGAGGAACCAAAGGCCGAUGCUGCAUUCACAGAUUCGCGGAGGUUUUCGAGAAUCAGACUAGUAGAUUGCGUUGCUGAAGCCAUUCGAAACACGACCCCUCUCAAAGAAAAUGGCCCAGAUCCUGUAAUCGACAAAGAUAUCCUUACAGCUGAGUGGCUCGAGCAGAAGUUGAACAAGAAACAGGUGCCUAUAAAAGCGUUAUUACUUGACCAAGCGAAUAUCAGCGGGAUUGGGAACUGGGUCGGGUCAGUCAUCCUUAUAUCCACUUCAAUCUCUAUUAUUUGAGACCUAGUAACACAGCGCACCUUAUUUACUUUGACCUAAUCCUAAUAGCCCAAUUAUGCUAAUGUCACUUGCAGCGACGAAAUAUUAUACCAUGCAAGACUUCAUCCUGAGCAAUAUAGCAAUACAUUUAGUUCUGAAGAGAUCAAGCGAUUGCAUGCUUCGAUGAUGUACAUUUGUCAAACAGCAGUAGACUUGUUAGCAGACUCGUCUAAAUUUCCAGAUGAUUGGAUGUUUAAGCAUCGAUGGGGAAAGGGGAAGAAAGAUGGCCCGACAGCAUUACCAAAUGGGGAAAAGAUUACAUUUCUUACCGUUGGGGGACGAACGUCUUGUGUGGUGCCAAGUGUACAGAAGAAAACGGGGCCCGUCGCCGGCGAUAUAAAAAAAAGAAAUGGAUCUGGUGAUAAUGUGGCCCCCGAGGAUGUUCCAGUGAAGGAACAAAGCUCGAGGAAGAGGAAGGCCGCUGUGGUAUCCACGAGUUUCGAAGAGUUUAAUGAAGAUACCGCAGAACUAAAGAAGUCAAAAGCAAAAGCUCAGAAAUCGACUAAGGUGAAAGAAGAGAUCUCGGGUGAUGGUGCGGGGAAUAUCGCCACGAAGGCAGUCAAGCUGACUAAGAGGGAGACUUCAAAGUCUACCGAAUCAAAGGCGAUGGAGGACAUUGCACCAGUUCAACCAAGGCGUAGAUCUGGUCGUCAUGUGAAGACUGAUGGUGUCCAGGAUUGAGGUUAACGGAUGGUAUCUUUUUCGAGAUGGUGAUUUAUAACAGUUACAUGGUACUGUAACAACUAAUGUGUGUUUUAUCGUACAAUAUCCGGGUUUUAUUCCACUUUCACGUGCGAAUCUUUUAUCUGCUUCUCGAUUGCUUACUUGAUCAUCUUUAUGCUCGGACACAUUCUCACUGUCUCCGGAACGCGUGGCCGCUCUCCGAAU